AGCUCCAAAAAAACUCCCUGAGAGCAGAGAUGAGAAAACCCCUCUUAAAACCCCUCUCCUCCGCCAUACCCACAUUCCUCAAAAGGGAAUAUUCUUCUUCUUCUUCUUCCUUCACACCACCUCUCCCUCCUCCAGAAUGGGUUCAACCCUUGAACGAUCUUUCCGACCUCAUUUCUUCUGAUCCCAAACCAGACCUCAAACCUUCCCCAUGGGUUCCCAAAAUCCUCCAUUUUCUACAGACCACCACCACCACCCUCGAACAAGACCUCACCCUCUUCUGCAAAAAGUACUUAAUCAAACUCCCUCCCACUUUCGUCGCCUACAUUCUCAAGAAAUCCGACCAUCUCCCCAACUGCCCCGAAUCCGCCUUCCGUUUCUUCAAUUGGGCCUCCAAUCAAAAAGGGUACUCCCACAAUCUCGAAUGCUAUGUUUUCUUGAUUGAGAUUCUGUGUUCGGAUUGUCAAUUCGAUAGAAUUAAGUUUGUUUUCAAUGAGUUGCAGAGUAAAGGGUUUCUAAUGAAUGCGUACGCAGCUAAUUCUCUUAUUCGGAGCUUCGGAAAUGGCGGUAUGGUUGAGGAGUUGUUGUGGGUUUGGCGAAGAAUGAACGAAAACGGCGUCGACCCGAGUUUGUACACUUACAAUUUCCUCAUGAACGGUCUCGUUUCUUCUAAUUUCAUCGAGUCGGCCGAGCGUGUUUUCGAGGUUAUGGAAAACGGGAAAGUGAAGCCGGACGUCGUCACGUAUAACACCAUGAUUAAAGGAUACUGCAAGUCCGGGAAUCUAAAGAGAGCCGUCGUAAAAUUUCACGAUAUGGAGGUCAAGAAUUUGGAGCCCGAUAAAAUUACCUUCUUGACUUUGAUGCAGGCUUCUUAUUCCGACGAGGAUUAUCAUUUUUGCUUGAGGUUGUAUAACGAGAUGCGGGAUAAAGGAGUCGAGAUUCCUCCGCACGCGUAUAGUUUAGUGAUCGGCGGACUUUGCAAGGAGGGAAAGUCGACGGAAGGAUACACGGUUCUCGAGGAUAUGGUCGCAAAGGGGUGCGUGCCGAAUGUGGCUAUUUACACUGCACUUAUUGAUGCGUAUGCGAAGAGUGGCGAUUUGGAUAUGGCGAUGAGGCUGUUUGAAAGAAUGCGAAACGAAAGGUUUGAGCCGGACGAGGUUACGUACGGUGUAGUGGUGAAUAGUCUUUGUAAGAACGGAAGAUUGGAGGAGGCGAUGCAGUGGUUCGAUUACUGUAAACUGAAUAACGUUGCUAUCAACGCUGUCAUAUAUUCGAGCCUAAUCGAUGGCCUUGGAAAGGCGAAGAGAUUGGAAGAGGCCGAAGAACUCUUUGAAGAUAUGGUUAAGAACGGAUGCACUCGUGAUUCGUAUUGCUAUAACGCGCUUAUCGAUGCGUUUGCCAAGACCGGGAAAAUCGACGAAGCGUUGGCGCUUUUCAAGCAAAUGGAAGAUGAAGAUUGCGAUCAAACCGUGUACACAUUCACGAUAUUAAUUAACGGGUUAUUUAAAGAACGCCGUAACGAGGAGGCGUUGAAAAUGUGGGAUGUGAUGAUAGAUAAGGGGAUCACUCCGACAGCUGCUUGUUUUCGGGCGCUUUCGACGGGACUUUGUCUUUCGGGCAAAGUUGGACGAGCUUGUAAGAUUUUGGAUGAGCUGGCGCCUAUGGGUUUCGUGUUGGAGACGGCGUUUGAGGAUAUGCUGAAUGUGUUGUGCAAGGCUGGUCGAAUAACGGAGGCGUGCAAGUUGGCUGAUGGGGUUAUUGAUAGGGGGAGAGAAAUCCCGGGGAGAGUUCGUACUGUUAUGAUAAAUGCGUUGAGGAAGGCGGGGAAUGCUGACCUGGCGAUGAAGUUGAUGCAUAGUAAGAUUGCUAUAGGGUAUGAUAGGGUACGGAGUGUUAAGAAGCGAGUCAAGUUUCGAAAUCUUGUCGAGAGUUGAUGAGUCUGUUGUGCUUAAAUUAUGGUUAUGAAGAAUUGUCGUUUGGUUUUUACUUUUUUGAACAACCAAUUGGAGUCUUUUUACCUCGAAGA